AAAAGACCAGGUAGAAAAUAUCCUUGCAAAUCAUUUAGUGUUGAUCCCUUAGCCUGAAAACAUGUACUCUAUUGUAGCUCUACUUGCGUGUGUCAGUGCUGCCGCGGCCUCUAUCUGUUGUGUUCCUCCGCAAUGGGAGGGUUCACACUCUUUCGUGACCACGAUCGUACAUAAUGGAAAACCUAUAGUCUCAACGGGUUAUGUAACAAUGGCCUUUGAUGCUGUGAACCGCAAGAUUGGACAAUACGAGUACAUCACCAUUGGGAACACAGUUCAAAGAAGAUACGGAGUGCUUUUAGAUUAUAACUCGAACACUAAAUACAUCAUCAAUGACCAGGGCAGAUGUUACAAACAUGCCCUUAACAGAAGGAAAGAAGAUUUUGGAGGAUGUAUCCCAGAUAAUUCCACUGUUGUCGGUCAGAAAGACGUAGUCGGUCUAGGCGACAAUGUUAUGACAGUAGACACAUACCGUCUCGAUUUCGGAGGUGUGGUCGCCUACAUUUCUCUAACAUCUGACAGUUGUGUCCCAGUGGUUGAGACUAUCCGAGGAUCACUUGACGGAAGCCUGUUCCUCCAGAAUUCACAUUUCCUGAACAUAACUGGUGGACUGAGUGCCCCAGAGAACCUGAACGCUCCACCAAAAGGUUGUGAAGCCGCAAUAGAGUUCAAUCCUCAUUUUUCGAGCGGAGAAGCCGUGCCAAGCACGAUAGGACGCCGCUCAUACUUCCUUGGAUUGUAAAUUUCUUUGCGUGCAAUUACCUAAAUAAAUACAUGUUUUUCAAUGACUGUA